AUGUCCUCCCUUUUCGAAGCCGUCCUACAAUCCGACGCCGGAUCAAUCAACAGCGGGCAAUGGCUUCAAUCAGAUCAAGUGUCGAGCGCUCGCCCGCACCUACCCUCAGAAAGCAAUGCGCCCAUGAGUGACAUGCAGGCACUCCCAGAUGAUGAGAUUGUUGGCGCUGCAAAUGGCGCCGUCAAUCGUCUGCGAAACCCAUAUGCAACUGCACCAACUCCAGUCCGCGAUUCAACCGCUGAAAAGGUGCAACAGGCCUUCGAAAGAUUCCUAGAGACCUUUCAAGAAGAUCCUGCGAACCACGUUGCUCCUCCUUCUUCGUCAGCACAACAAUAUAGUGACAAAUACUACAUUCAACAAAUUCACGGCAUGAAGUCAUUCGACCUUUCCACACUCUACGUCGACUAUAACCACCUCGCAGCGAGCGAAGACGACGCCUUGGCUGGAGCUAUUGCAAAUCAAUAUUACCGCUUCCAGCCUUUCCUUAUUCGAGCGCUGCACAAUCUCCUUCUCAAAUACGAGCCUAGCUAUUUCGUCUCGCAUCGCCAACCAAAUAGCAACUCCUCACAGCAAAGUGCAUCGGUCAUUGCAGCAAAUGCCAGUGCCAGCGACGUCUCUCAAGAAGAAACCUUACUCAUGAACAGGAAAACUCGUCACCAGCAGACGGAUCGAGUGUUCUCUUUGGCUUUCUACAACUUGCCGCUGGUGUCUCGACUACGCCAACUGCGAACGUCACACAUUGGCAAGCUACUGUCGAUUUCAGGAACUGUGACACGGACGUCAGAAAUCCGACCUGAGCUUUCACUGGGAACCUUUAUUUGCGAAGGAUGUCGAACUCCUUGUACCAAUAUCGAGCAGACAUUCAAAUACACCGAGCCCUCUCAGUGCCCAAAUCCCACCUGCGGUAACCGUACUGGUUGGCGCCUUGAUAUUGGAAAGAGUACCUUUGUCGAUUGGCAAAAGAUCAAACUUCAGGAGUCGUCGCACGAAAUACCUACCGGAAGUAUGCCGCGUACCAUGGAUAUCAUUGUCAGAGGAGAACAAGUUGAUAGAGCCAAGGCUGGAGAGAAAUGUAUCUUCACAGGAACAUUGAUCGUCGUCCCUGACGUUAGUCAGCUGGGCUUGCCUGGUGUGCGCCCUGAAGCGAACCGUGACAACGGAGCUUUCCGUGGCGGCGAUGUUGGUGGUGGCGGAGUUUCUGGUCUCAAGUCUCUUGGUGUCAGGGAUCUCACUUAUCGUCUUGCCUUCUUGGCCUGCAUGAUAACUCCAGAUUUAACCACUCCCGGCCAACCUACAACCCAGCAACUCACUGGUCAAUCUCAGAAUAUUCUGGCAUCCUUGAAUCAGAAUGAACAGAUUUCAGAAGACGCAGAGUUUGCACAGGAAGCUCUGCUACAGACUUUUACUCCGGCAGAGGUCCAGGAAUUGAAAUCACUUGUCGAGAGUGAACACGUAUACCAGCGACUUGUCAACUCAAUAGCCCCUAUGAUCUACGGCCAUCAGUCGAUCAAAAAGGGUCUUUUGCUACAGUUGAUCGGCGGUGUGAGCAAAAGUACAGAGCAAGAGGGUAUGCAACUUCGAGGUGAUAUCAACAUUUGUAUCGUCGGCGAUCCUUCCACCAGUAAGAGUCAGUUUUUGAAAUAUAUCUGCUCGCUGCACCCAAGAGCUGUUUAUACCAGUGGUAAAGCUUCGUCUGCGGCCGGUUUGACGGCUUCAGUUGUUAAAGAUCCAGAGACUGGCGAAUUCACUAUUGAGGCCGGUGCUCUGAUGUUGGCUAACGGAGGAGGAAUUUGCGCCAUUGACGAGUUCGACAAGAUGGAUAUUGCAGACCAGGUUGCUAUCCAUGAAGCCAUGGAACAACAAACAAUCUCAAUCGCCAAGGCUGGUAUUCACACAACCCUCAAUGCGCGAGCGUCUAUUCUUGCUGCUGCCAAUCCCGUCGGUGGCCGAUACAACCCCAAGGCCACCCUUCGAUCAAACCUCAACCUUAGCGCGCCCAUCAUGAGUCGAUUCGAUUUGUUCUUUAUUGUGCGUGAUGAGCCCAAUGAGCACGUUGACCGCAACUUGGCCACGCACAUUGUAAACGUUCACAUGAACAGAGAUGAAGCUGUGGAGCCCGAGAUUAGCACAGAGCUACUUCAACGCUAUAUCCGACUAGCACGAACAUUCAAGCCUGUCUUUACAGAAGAGGCAAAGGUGGUGCUAGUGGAAAAGUACAAGGAGCUCAGAGCAAACGAUGCCCAGGGAGGCAUUGGCAGAUCAUCAUAUCGCAUCACUGUUCGUCAGCUCGAGUCUCUGAUUCGUCUGUCAGAAGCAGUAGCCAGGGCCAACUGUGUCGAAGAGAUUCUCCCCAAAUUCGUCCGAGAAGCCUACAACCUCCUCAGACAGAGUAUCGUCACCGUCGAGAAAGACGACAUCGAAGUUGAAGAAGACGAAGAAAACGAGCAAAGCGCACAGCCCGGUGCAGACGACAUGAUGGACGAAGCCCGUGACCGCGAUGGUGACAGCCCCAUGGCCGAGGACGGCGAAGCACCAGCCGAACCACAACAACCAGCUCGUUCCCGAACGACAAAGAUCACCUACGAGAAAUACACCAAAACCCUCAACCUCCUUGUCCGCCGCGUCAUGGAAGACGAAGCCGCAUCCGGUAAUGGCGUCGAGCAAGAGGAGUUGUUGACCUGGUACCUGGAAGAAAUCGAGUCUGAGCUCGAGAGUGAAGCAGAUUUGCAACGGGAGCGCAAUCUUGCUAAGAAGGUGCUCAAGCGCAUGGUCAAGGAUAACAUCCUCAUGCCCAUCAGCGGCCUAGGCCCAAUGGACGAAACCCAAGAUGAGCAACCCGAACACCCCGCGCAGCCACAGCUUGUGUACGUGCUGCAUCCCAACUGCGCAAUUGAGGAUAUAGAUUUAGAUUAA